AUGGCCGACACCCAAUGUCAGCUCCCUACACCCCCACUGCCCACUCCAAGCUCCAUAUACCCCCACUGCCCACUCCAAGCUCCCUACACCACCAUUGCUCACUCCAUUCUCCCUACACCCCCACUGCCCACUCCAAGCACCCCACACCCCCACUGUCCACUCCAAGCUCCCUACACCCCCACUGCCCACUCCAAGCACCCCACACACCCCCACUGCCCACUCCAAGCACCCCACACCCCCACUGCCCACUCCAAGCUCCCUACACCCCUAAUGCCAACUCCAAGCUCCCUACACCCCCACUGCCCACUUCAAGCUCCCUACACCCCCACUGCCCACUCCAAGCUCCAUAUACCCCCACUGCCCACUCCAAGCUCCCUACACCACCAUUGCUCACUCCAUUCUCCCUACACCCCCACUGCCCACUCCAAGCACCCCACACCCCCACUGUCCACUCCAAGCUCCCUACACCCCCACUGCCCACUCCAAGCACCCCACACCCCCACUGCCCACUCCAAGCACCCCACACCCCCACUGCCCACUCCAAGCUCCCUACACCCCUAA